AUGGAGACUCGUCCUGCUCUUCCGACGACCAAGCGGCCGGUGGCAGCAGUACGCGUAGGUUUCUCCAGUACACGAAUGAUGGAAGCGCAAUGUACGUUUCAGAAUGUGGUCAAACAUGAGCUUCAGCUGUUGUUAGGGGACGGAAUGAAGCGUGAAGAGGCCGUCAAGUUGUUGUUAAAACGGAUUGUAGCGAGCACGGAACCACCGGAAGCGACGGCUGUACGCAGUGUUAUGCGACAAUUUCAGAUGAAUUAUGAUGAUGCAAUGCGUGCUUUGAUUGUCAAGCAAGAGCUUGGAAGAUUGAAACGUCAGGGACUUGAUUCGUUGGCAGCGAUUGAAGAACUUACACGGAAAAUGAAGAAAGAAGAAGAAGAAGAAGAAGAAGAAGAAGAAGAAGAAAAGGAGCUUAAAAGUGAGAGAAAAGGUGGACAAUUGAGGGAGGAGAGAGAAGAAGACAAGGAUGUUGGUUUGAGUGAGGACAAGGAGAAGAAGAAAAAGUUGAAGCACGAGGUUGACAAAAAGACAGAGACGAUGGGGAUACCGGCAGCUGAGAUGGCAUCUCCGUUGUCGGAGAAGGAUGGAAAUGAAACGUCCUUGUCAUUGUGUCAACGGAUUGGACAAGUGUCGAUUUCAUCGGGUAAUACACUCGAGAAAGAAGUGGAUGAACAUGAUGAGAAAGAAGUGGAUGAACGUGAUGAAGAAGUAGAAGUAAAUGAAGACGUAGAUGGAGAAGAAAAUGAGAUGAUUGGAGAACGACACAAGGCACGUAUCAAGUCACCACUGAGAGUGCGAAGAUCAGUAAGUAGUACUUUUACGGAUUUUACGCCCCAAACGCGCAAGCGUCGUGCAGCUUUUGGAAUGAAGUACGAAACUGGCAGUAAUAAUUGUAACAACAACGGUGAUCACAAUGUGAAGCCACUGUGUCCGAAUUUAAAGAAGCAGAAGUUGUGUCCUGCAGUAGGUGACGGGUUUCUGGAGAUCGUCACACUCAAAUCGAAGUCAGCAUCGGCAAUUUCGUCGAAGAGUACAUCAGGGGCGGGAAUGUCUGGAUCAUCAUCUAGUGGAGAAAAAAGUGGAGGACCUAUGCGGAGCGACCACAGUACAAAGAGCUUACUCAAGCGGCCACGAGCAAGCCCGACAGGAAUGGCAGAUAAUGAUGGGUCUCCCAUUGCAGAAGAACUUCAUGUAUCUCACGUGCAUCAUCGACAUCACACCAACCAUCAUCAUAGCAAGCGGCAGAAGAGCGGCAGUACCCAUUAA